GUUUCCGGCCGCCAUUGCAGAUAUGGCGGCGUCCCUGGGCGGCAUGUUUUCCGGGCAGCCUCCGGGUCCCCCGCCGCCCCAGCCGGGGCUCCCAGGCCAGGCUUCGCUUCUGCAAGCAGCCCCUGGGGCUCCGAGGCCGUCUAACAGCACUUUGGUGGACGAGUUGGAGUCCUCGUUCGAGGCUUGCUUUGCUUCCCUUGUGAGUCAGGAUUAUGUCAAUGGGACUGAUCAGGAGGAAAUUCGAACUGGUGUUGAUCAAUGUAUCCAGAAGUUUUUGGACAUUGCAAGACAGACAGAAUGUUUUUUCUUACAAAAAAGGUUGCAGUUGUCUGUCCAGAAACCAGAUCAAGUUAUCAAAGAGGAUGUCUCAGAACUAAGGAGUGAAUUGCAACGGAAAGAUGCACUGGUCCAGAAGCACUUGACAAAGCUGAGGCAUUGGCAGCAGGUGCUAGAGGACAUCAAUGUACAGCAGAAAAAGCCAGCUGAAAUUCCUCAGGGCUCCUUGGCCUACCUCGAGCAGGCAUCUGCCAACAUUCCUGCACCUCUGAAGCAGACCUAAGGGCUCAGGCCUGUGGUGCGGCCUUACAGCCCUGCCAGACAUCUUUCCUUACAGAUGUGGCAUAUUGGAAAAACUCUGUUGGAAAAUGAGUGGAUGUUAGUCUAUGUCCCUAUCCCAUUUUUAUUAUUUAUAAAGUAGGACUUCAGUGUGAAGCCUGGGCUGGCCUUGAACCUAUGAUUCCCUGCCUCAGCUCCUCUAUGCUCUAAAUUCAUUAGUACUUUAUAAAAUGCCUGUAGAUCUAAUAACCAACUUUGCUUUUUGUUUUUUUUUUAAUCUUCAACAAAGUUGAGACUGUUAGAGUAAUCACACACUUGGCCUUUGCCAUUUGUUUUAACAACGUUUUGUGGCUUUACCUCUUGUAUUUUUGUUUGGUGAAACCGGAAGGGAAAAAUUUUUAAAGGUUUGAGAAGCCAGGGGAUAGAGAGUUUGGUUAUCAUCAUUGAUAACCAUCAAUGGUAGUAUAGAAAAUAUGUAACUUUGCUGUUUCAGACCUUUCAACUACCUCAGGAGGAACCUGGCACAGCCGUGCAGUGAUUCCAGGGUGGCACAGGGUGAACAUAUUUUACAUGUGGCGCAAAAGACGUUAGAAUGUACUGCUAGUGUAGUACUGCAGGAGGAUGCUCACCUUAGUGCUGGGUUUUUAUCUGAGCUAGGUUAUAUUUUCUGGGCCCGUAUUCAUUGUGCCUUGAAGGCACAUUUCAGGAGCAUGGUGUGCUGGGUACUCG